CCCAACUAGGCGGAGUUUGUGGGCCUUCUAUCUCUCUUUCCGCUAUACCCGCCAUCUUGUUGAGACCGGGGUAAUCAGACAUCAUGACUAACACCAGAGGCAAGAGGAGGGGGACCAGGUACAUGUUCAGCAGGCCAUUCCGCAAGCAUGGCCCGAUUCCGCUGUCCACUUACAUGCGCAUCUACAAGAAGGGUGACAUUGUUGACAUAAAGGGCACAGGUACUAUCCAAAAGGGUAUGCCACACAAAUGCUACCAUGGCAAGACUGGACGCGUGUACAAUGUGACCCAACAUGCUGUCGGCAUCAUUGUCAACAAGCAGGUCAAAGGCAAGAUCCUGGCCAAGAGGAUCAAUGUGCGCAUUGAGCAUGUGAAGCACUCAAAGAGCAGAGACAGUUUCCUGCAGCGCGUCAAAGAGAAUGAGAGCAAGAAGCUGGCAGCAAAGCAGAACAACACCUGGGUGGAACUGAAGCGGCAGCCAGCUCCUCCUCGUGAGGCUCACUUUGUCAGCACCAAGAAGAACCAACCACAGCUGCUGGAGCCCAUCCCCUAUGAGUUCAUGGCUUAAUGUGCUCGUUCUAAUAAAAUGUUUGUUCACAA